AUGACGAAUUUAAAUGGUGUGUUGACACCACCGUCAACACCAUCACCCAAUCUACUGCAGAUGAACAUGGCUCGCGAGAGAGAAAAAUACUUGGAAGAGUAUAACUUCCCAUUUUGUGAAGCUGCCACAAAAUUUGAAAAACUGGCAAAGAUUGGUCAAGGCACUUUUGGUGAAGUGUUCAAAGCACGAGACAAAAAAAAUCAUAAAUUUACAGUUGCUAUGAAAAAAAUUCUCAUGGAAAAUGAAAAAGAAGGAUUUCCAAUCACUGCUCUUAGAGAAAUUCGAAUAUUACAACUAUUAAAGCACGAUAAUGUAGUAAAUCUAUUGGAAAUCUGUCAAACUAGAGCUACUCAGUUCAAUCGUUAUCGUUCAACAUUUUAUUUGGUGUUUGAAUUCUGCGAACAUGAUUUAGCUGGUCUGCUAUCAAAUACUAAAGUGAAGUUCAGUCUUGGAGAGAUUAAGCAAGUAAUUCAACAAAUGCUCAAUGGCCUCUACUACAUACACAGUAACAAGAUAUUGCAUCGUGACAUGAAAGCAGCAAAUGUAUUAAUUACCAAAACUGGGACAUUAAAAUUGGCUGAUUUUGGUCUAGCUAGAGCAUUCAGUGCACAGAAAAAUGGUCAACCUAAUAGAUACACUAAUCGAGUUGUAACAUUAUGGUAUCGCCCUCCCGAGUUGUUGCUUGGGGAUCGUAAUUAUGGUCCGCCUGUAGACUUGUGGGGAGCUGGAUGCAUCAUGGCUGAAAUGUGGACUCGUAGUCCAAUUAUGCAGGGUAAUUCUGAACAACAACAAUUAACUUUAAUAUCUCAACUAUGUGGUUCAAUAACACCAGAAGUCUGGCCUAAAGUUGAAUCUUUAGAUUUGUAUAAUCAAUUGGAAUUGGUUAAAGGACAAAAACGAAAGGUGAAAGAACGACUAAAGCCUUAUGUACGUGAUCCAAUGGGUUGUGAUCUAUUAGAUAAACUCUUAGUACUGGAUCCAGCCAAAAGAUUUGAUGCUGAUUCAGCUUUAAAUCACGACUUUUUCUGGACAGAUCCUAUGCCAUGUGAUCUAUCUAAAAUGUUGUCUCAACAAACACAAAGUAAUUUUGAAUAUUUGGCUCCACGCAGACUUAAUAACCAUCAGUCAUCUGCCAUGCGACCAGCGUCAACCGUUCCAAGUCAAGGGACGUCUACAUCUACUACUUCCGGUUUUCACGAACGUGUUUUCUAGCGCAAGUGAAUGGCAGCUUAAGCGGCCACUCAUAACUAUAAUUUUUUUUUACAUUUUAUAGUUUUUCUUAUAUUAGUUUAGAGAUGAUUUAUUUAUGUAUAAAUAAAACAGUUAAUUCUUUAUAUGAUCAUUGUUAUUAUUGGUUUAUAUUUAAUUGUAUGUUCCAUAGUUUUA